UAAGAAAAGCCGUAAAAUAAGACAAUUUAACUAAUUUUUUAUUUAUUUAUCAGUUUAACAUUGUUGUCCACUAAUAAAGACUCAAGUGACUGGCAUCUUAUCGACAAAAAUGGCACACGUAGCUAGUGUAGCUAAAUCUGUUCCCGUUUCUAAAGUAAUCAAACCAUUACUCUCUGUUACAAAUAGUGAAGCCAAAAGAAGAGUUUUGAACCUUUAUAGAGCAUGGUGGCGUGAGAUCCCGCACACAUGUGAAUCACAUGGGUUGGAUAUAACAGUUAAAACUGGACGCAGUAAAGUUCGUGAAAUGUUUGAAAGAAAUCGACAUGUAAAAGAUAUUAGAGUUAUUGAUAUGCUUGUGGUUAAAGGAAAGAUGGAACUUGAAGAGAUGCAUGCUAUGUGGAAACAAAGAAGCCAUGUAAUGGUUUACUUUAAUGAGAACGAAAUCCCCGAUCGUCCCAAAGAUUUCUUAGCUAGAUUUUAUGCAGGAUAUGAUUAAGUGAUAUGAAUGGAUGUUGUAUAUAUGCAUAGUUAAUGAUAAAACAGUAAACAAAAUUUAA